UUCUGUUUGUGGGCUUGACGUCACGGAGUCAGCUGGCCAAUGUUUACAUCCAGCGCAGCUCGCAGUGAACGUCUAUGUGGAGAAACCGAGACAUAGAAACAACAGGAGACUAUUAACUUGAAUUAACUCGAAUGGACAUCAUCACCGGACCAUAGAUACGUGUCUCAGUGUCAGACGCGGUUCAGCUCGGUCGACUGUAAAGUCGUCGGGGUGUUUCCCGUGACGAGUUUCUCCCCAAAAUCCAGUCCAUCCCCAUUUCUCCUUUCCUUUGUCUUCAUUUUUGCCUACUUUUUGCAGCCCCAAACAAAGAGCCAACAUGGGAGGUGCGGUCAGUGCUGGGGAGGACAAUGACGAGUUGAUUGACAACCUGAAAGAAGCCCAAUACAUUCGCUCUGAUCUGGUCGAACAUGCCUUCAGAGCCAUUGAUCGUGCUGACUACUAUCUGGAAGAAUUCCGCGACAGUGCCUACAAGGAUUUGGCCUGGAGACACGGCAACAUCCACCUUUCUGCACCCUGUAUCUACUCUGAGGUGAUGGAGGCUUUAUACCUGCAGCCUGGCCUGUCUUUUUUAAACCUAGGCAGUGGCACAGGCUACCUCAGCACCAUGGUGGGACUUAUACUGGGGCCAUUUGGUGUGAAUCAUGGAGUUGAAUUGCAUGAAGAUGUUAUAGAAUAUGCUUAUCAGAAGCUGGACUUCUUCAUCAAGACGAAUGAAAGUUUUGACAGGUUUGAGUUCUGUGAGCCCUCCUUUGUAGUGGGCAACUGUCUGGAAAUUGCUCCAGAAAGUAGGCAGUAUGACAGAGUUUAUUGUGGUGCAGGGGUCCAGAGGGAACAUGAAGACUACAUGAAGAAGUUGUUGAAGGUCGGGGGAAUCUUAGUACUGCCACUGGAAGAAAAGCUCACUAAAAUAACUCGGACAGGAUAUAACACAUGGGAAACAAGAAAGAUAAUUGCUGUGUCCUUCGCACCACUUGUGCUCCCUAAACAUAGGGAAAAUGGCAAACCAAGAGCAGUGUCCCUACCUGCCAUGUUCGAGGUGCGAAGUCUUCAGGAUUUGGCCCGCAUCACCAUCCGUCACAUUCUAAAGAGAUCUGGGUCUGGAUCCUUGCCACUACCCCAGAGAACUGGAUUGAAGCGAAGAAAUCACUUUAAACAGAAACGUGAGCACCGUGACACCCCUCUUCUGACCAAUAGUUAUUUGUUCAUGAGUCGCUUAAUUCCCGGGCCCAUGGACAACAACAACAACCAGUCAUCCACAGACAAUGAGGAUGAAGAUGAAGACUGCAGUAGGGUUUGUGAGCAACUAGAGGAUAAAGAAGAGAAUGAGAGGAGGAAGGAGGGCAGUGUUUUGGUGAUAGAGACUCCAGUAAACCUCUUAAGGGAGAGGAUCCUCAGCCUGCCUUUGCCAGAGCCUCUCAAGAUGUAUCUUCUUCAUUACAGAGAGAAGUAGACCUCUGCUUUCAGUGCAUAGUCUGUAAUAGACUACUCACAGCUACCUAUCACUGUUACUUUAAGAGUCCAUGGCUCUUUAGUUACUCACUUUCACAUUAUCCUGGCGAUCUUUCUCAUAGAAUUGCACCACUCUUUUUUUCUGCCAAGUUAGUUGAGGGGAAACUAUGAGGGGAAAUGAAGUCUCAUUUGGAUCCACCAAAGUUUAAAGUCUGGAUUCAUGGUCUACGAUGCUAACCAUCAACAUGGAAACAAGAAACAGAGUGAAAAUUAAUUGAUUAAUCUAAGUUUCAUGUAAUUUGUGGAGUGACUUUUUCAAAUGAAGACAAGACCAGUGGCUAACAAUUUACUAAAUCAUAAAUGCAGUGUAGUCUCACUUGUUUUGUGUGUGUUAUAUACCAUCUAGUUUCAGUUCUUAGAUUUACUAUGAAAAGUGAAAAUCUAAAUAUUCUGGUGUAUGGAUUUGUUACAAAUGUCUAAUUGUGUGAAGAUACAAAGGCACGUUUAAAAAAUGUGAUUGUCCAACAAUCUCUGUAGUAAAGUUUUUGGAAAUUUCAAGAUAAAAGACUUUGAUUUUCUAAGGU